ACGUAUUUUCCAAGUGUAAUAUGUCAUCGACAGUUUCUACGUUUCAGCCUAUAAAACUAGAGGUAGUUAAGGAACAAGAUACUCCAGUUAAGAUAUCUUGUAUACAAUUUUGUGUUCCUAGAGCAGAAGAUGUGGCGAGGACGUCGGUAACGAGAAUUACCAGCCGAGACCUUUACACACAGCCACUUAGGAAACCUGCAGCUGGUGGAGUAUUGGACCUUCAUCUUGGACCUUCUGAUAAAACUGGCCAGUGUCAGACCUGUGGAGAGUCACUGGCUACGUGCGUUGGACAUUUCGGCGACAUUUCCUUGGCAUUUCCUGUUUUUCACAUGGGUUACUUUAAAGCCACAUACUUCAUAUUGCAAUGUGUGUGCAAAGCCUGUUCAAGAGUCCUACUGCCAAAGGAGCUUGUUUCUGAGUUUCUUCAUAAACUUCGAUCGCCAAUCACGAGAGCUAAUCCGUCCAAAAGAAAGGCAGUAUUGAAGAAUAUUCUAAAACUUUGCAAGUCUCGAAAACACUGUCCUUUUUGUGGCUCUCCCAAUGGAGCUGUGAAAAAGGUUGGAGUGAUGAAAUUAAUACACGAUCCGUUUUCGUCAGCCAAAGACACUGAAGAAGAAAAGGAGAAUUUUUUGAGAAAAUUUCAUUUUGUCGCGGACAAUUUGAGUGACGUUAGCCCGCAUAUUCAGAAGGCAGUAGACGAUCUCAAUCCACUCAGAGUUUUGGAAAUCCUUAGUCGAAUUCCCCCAGAAGAUGUUAUACUCUUAGGAAUGGAUCCUACUUACAAUAGACCAGAGAAUUUGCUCUUAACCAACUUUCCAGUUCCACCUGCUUGUCUUCGCCCUAGCGUUUGUUCUGAUCCAACGAUUGGGUCAAAUGAGGAUGAUUUGACCAUGAAGCUGUCUGAAAUUGUGCAUAUCAAUUGCAUUCUUCAACAAGCGAUGGAAAACGGUGGAAACGCUUCACUUGUCAUGGAUGAUUGGGAACUGCUGCAGUUGGAAUGUGCCAGGUAUAUCAAUGCUGAUCUUCCUGGAUUGCCACCCUCCGCUACUAGUGGGAAGACUAUCCGGGGUCUUUGCCAGAGGUUGAAAGGAAAACAAGGAAGAUUCCGAGGAAAUCUUUCUGGAAAGAGAGUCGAUUUUUCAAGCAGAACAGUUAUCUCUCCCGAUCCUAAUCUAAGCAUUGAGCAAGUUGGGGUUCCAGUUUAUGUUGCAAAGCAGUUGACAUUUCCCGAACGAGUUACAAAGUAUAAUAUCAAGCAGUUGUCGAAGGCAGUCUUGAAUGGUCCUGAUAUUCAUCCUGGAGCCAAUUUUGUUGAGCUGAAGGACGGCAAGUUUGGAAGCUGGACGAAGCGUUUUCUUCGUUACGGGGAUCGUAAAAAGAUAGCACAAGAGUUAUCACUUGGACUUGUAGUUGAACGUCAUUUGAGAGAUAAUGAUAUAGUUUUGUUCAACAGACAACCAAGUCUACAUCGGGUUUCAAUCAUGUGCCACAGAGUGAAAGUUUUUCCGUGCCGAACUUUCCGCCUAAACGAAUGUGUUUGUACUCCGUAUAACGCAGACUUUGAUGGCGAUGAGAUGAACAUGCACGUUCCUCAGACUGAAGAGGCAAGAGCUGAGGCCGCCACUCUCAUGUGUGUCCAAGAGAAUUUGGUUACCCCUCGUAAUGGAGAGCCUCUAAUUGCAGCAACUCAAGAUUUUCUUUCGGCUUGUUAUAAAUUCACAUGUAAAGAUGUGUAUUUAGACAGGGCCGAAUUUACUCGUAUUAUAUUUCUUUCUGGAUUGCAAAGCGUCGCAUAUGAUUUGAAGCUUCCAAAUCCUGCGAUAAUUAAACCUUUUGAAAUGUGGACUGGAAAACAAGCAAUUUCGUUCAUUCUACGAUUGUGUCCGGGGUUUCAGACAAUGACUGCUUAUGUAUAUGAAAAACAAUGGUCACAUCCAUCGGGAUAUGAGAGUAACUUCCUGGCGCCUCAUCUUUGCAAAAAUGAUGGUUACGUUUAUAUUCGUAAUGGAGAGCUGUUAUGUGGACAGCUGGGGAAAGCUUCAUUGGGUAGUGGUUCCAAACGUUCCUUGUUUUAUUUACUUUCAAGAGAAGGAGGCAAUUCGGCUGCAGCCAGUGCUAUGUCAAUGAUUUCCAAAUUUGCUUCUCGUUGGUUCUCCGAUUUUGGAUUUUCUUUGGGUAUUGAUGAUGUUACUCCAUCUGUGAUUUUACAAGCCAGAAAAGAUGAACUACUUCGUGCAGGAUAUAAGGACUGUGAUGAUUUGAUAGAAGCUUUUCAAAGUAGAACAUUGGAGGCUAGGCCUGGUUGUACUGUGGAACAAACUCUUGAAGUUUCCAUUAAUGCCGUCUUAUCCAAAAUUCGAGAAGACGCUGGAAAAGUUUGCAUUGCAGCCAUCGACCCAAAGGUUAAUAGUGCAAUGGCUAUGGCAUUGUGCGGAUCAAAGGGAAGCAACAUAAAUAUUUCUCAAAUGAUUAGCUGCGUUGGACAACAAACAGUGAAUGGUUGUCGUGUACCAGAUGGGUUUCUUGGAAGAGCUUUGCCACAUUUUGCGAGUGGAAUGAGUGCAAGAACUCCAUGGGCCAAAGGUUUUGUGAAGAAUAGUUUCUUUAGUGGAAUGACUGCCACAGAGUUUUUCUUUCACACAAUGGCAGGACGAGAAGGGCUUGUCGAUACAGCAGUCAAGACAGCUGAGACAGGAUAUAUGCAACGCAGACUGAUGAAGGCGUUGGAAGAUUUAAGUGUGAAUUAUGAUAACACUGUCCGUUAUAGUGACGGUACAGUUGUACAGUUUCUGUAUGGGGACGAUGGCAUGGAUCCUACUGUUGUGGAGGGUGCAUCUGGUGCAAACUGUCCCUUGAAUUUGGAACAGCUGUUAGAAGAUUCGAAGGCUGAAGGUACAAUAAAGAGCAAAGGAGAGCCUCGUUUGAAUCCAGAUGAAGUGAUACAUUAUGCCGAUUCACUAACUUUUCAUUCUUUUGGAGCUUUUGAAGAUAGCGAGAGCCAUUUAAAGAUUCUGAGGGACGUUAAAAAUUUCCUCUCAUCCAUCGCUAGAAAGCAUGAAAUGGAACUUGAGAGAAUAUCGUCAUCUUGUUCAAAUGGCUCUAUGCUUCGAGACACAAUCGAUGCGGCGUUUGGUUUGAGAAAAUCGCAAUUGGAUGCUUUGGUACGUAGAAUCGUUCACAAACUGCAAAGAUUCAAAAUAGAACCUGGCACUGCGGUGGGAGCGAUCGGGGCACAAAGUAUUGGUGAGCCUGGAACACAAAUGACUCUAAAAACCUUUCACUUUGCUGGAGUUGCUUCUAUGAACAUUACUUUGGGAGUUCCAAGAAUCAAAGAAAUUAUCAAUGCUUCUCCAAUCAUCAAUACUCCUGUUAUAACCGCAGAGCUUGUUUCUCCUAACGAUAUCACUAUUGCGAGAAUCGUCAAGGGACGAAUUGAAAGGACGACUUUGGGAGAAAUUUGCAAUUUUAUAAAGGAAGUCUAUCGGAGGAAUCAAGUUUAUAUAUCACUGCAGCUGGACAAAGAGUUGAUCUCCAGGUUACAGUUAGAUGUUGAUGUAAAUGUCGUCCGAAAUGCGAUUGUAAACAAUUCAAAGUUACGUUUAAAGGAGAACGAUAUUGCUGUAGUGAGUGAUGAUAGAUUGCAUAUAUUUGUUCCAUCCAAAGCCUCGGGAGACUUAUAUUUCCAAAUGAAUUCUCUGAAACGUCAGUUACCUCAUGUAGUUGUACAAGGGAUCUCGUCCAUUAAGAGAGCUGUGAUUCAUCAGAAAGACGACAAAUCUUACCAGUUACUAGUUGAAGGCUCUGACUUGUUAUCAGUGAUGACUACUGCGGGAGUUGAGGGAACUUGCACGACGUCCAACCAUGUAAUAAUUGUUGAGAAGGUUUUAGGAAUUGAAGCUGCCAGGAAGACGGUUGCCUCGGAAAUUCAGUACACUAUGGCAAGUCAUGGCAUGUCAAUAGAUACAAGACAUGUUGCGCUAUUGGCGGAUGUGAUGAGUUUUCGAGGUGAAAUUUUAGGGAUCACCAGGUUCGGAAUUGGAAAGAUGAAGACCUCGGCAAUAAUGCUGGCUUCAUUUGAGAAGACAGUGGAUCAUUUAUUUGAUGCUGCUCUAUAUAAGACACAAGAUGAUGUGGUUGGGGUUUCAGAAUGUGUCAUUAUGGGUAUGCCUGUGCCUCUAGGAACAGGUUUGUUUGGAUUAUUAAGGAAUGAUCGUAACAGUGUCGUAGUUCCUCCUCCUAGAAAAGAAACCAUUUUACAAAAACGUAAUAUCUACCGGAGACUAGGCCUAUAAUAUUCGACCAAAACAAAAUUCAACACUC